GCCCGCCGCGCUGGCCAUGUGGCUCCAGUUCGCCCCGCUCCGCCUGCCGCUCCGGCGGCGCCUCCAAACGGCCGCCGUCCUGCAGUGGGUCUUCUCCUUCCUGGCGCUGGCCCAGUGCUGCCUGGGGCUUUACCUGCUGCUGCUACUCGGGGACGGCUGGCUGCUGGCGCUCGGCUACGCCGCCUGGCUCUACCUGGACUGGGAGACGCCGUGUCGCGGGGGCCGCCGCUCCGCCUGGGUCCGCGGCUGGGCCGUCUGGCGAUACUUCCGCGACUAUUUCCCCAUCACGCUGGUGAAGACGGCAGAGCUGGACCCUUCCCACAAUUACCUCUUUGGCUUCCACCCCCACGGGGUCCUGGUGGCCGGGGCCUUUGGGAACUUCUGCACCGAGGCCACGGGGUUCUCGCGGCUCUUCCCGGGGCUCACCCCGCACCUCCUGAUGCUGCCCUUUUGGUUCAAGGUCCCCUUCUUCCGCGACUACAUCAUGAGCGGAGGACUGGUCUCUUCGGAAAAGGCCAGCGCUUCCCACCUCCUUGGCCACGAAGGCGGCGGGCAGGUGGCGGUCAUUGCCGUGGGGGGCCCACCUGAGUCACUGGACGCUCGCCCGGGGGCCCUGACCCUCCAGCUACGCAGCCGCAAAGGCUUCAUCAAGAUGGCCCUGCAACAUGGAGCAGCGCUGGUGCCCGUCUUCUCCUUCGGGGAGAACGAGCUCUUCAACCAAGUGCCCAACCUGCCAGGCUCCAUCGUCCGCAGGCUGCAGGAGCGGCUCCAGAAGGCCAUGGGGCUGGCCCUGCCCCUCUUCCACGCUCGAGGCAUCUUCCAGUACAGCUUUGGCCUCCUGCCCUUCCGGAGACCCAUCUACACAGUGGUGGGGGCUCCGAUUCCGGUGCCCAGGAUGCCCCACCCGUCGCGGGAGGCCAUUGAUGAGCUGCACGAGACGUACUUGGAGAAGCUGACUCAGCUCUUUGAGGAGCAGAAGGCCAAGUACGGGCUGCCCCCAGACAAGCACCUGACACUCAUCUAGCUGGGCGGGAAGGGCCCCCCCCGGGACACCGAGGCCCCCCCCCGGGCCGGGCAAAAGGGUUG